AUGUCUAGUCAUAAACCUUCUAUAGCUAGAAAUGUUUCAUCAAGUGGAAAACGUUCUAUAAAGAGUGAUAAAAAAAAACCAACUGAAGUUUAUAAUAGAUAUUUGUUUCCAAUGACAAUAACUAAUAUGUAUAAUGGAAUUAAGUACAUUAUAACUGGUUUACAAAGGGUAGAAAAAUUUGGUGGAAUAUAUAUAGUUACUGAUAAAAAUACAAAUGCACUAAAAAGUAUAAAAUUUGGAUUGGCUGAUAAUUAUCAUGUUGAAAUAGACGUAUAUGUAACAUGUAUGGAAUUAUUUCCUGAUACAAACAAAAUUAACAAGAUAAUUGAUUAUGGAAUUAUUGAAGGAAGAGAUGAACCUUUUAUAUUAAUGGAAAAUAUGGCAUUAAAUUUAGGUGAAUAUCUUAAAACAUUUGAAAACAAUAGAUUCGAUUCAUUAACUGGAUUUACAGUAUUAUUAGAAUGUUUAAAAUGUAUUAGUUUUUUUCAUAGUAUUGGAUUUGUUCAUAGAAAUAUAAAACCUUCUUCUUUUUAUAUUGAAUUAAAUGAUAAUAAAAGUAUUAAUAGAAUGUUUAUUUGUGAUUUUGAAGGUGCUCAAAGAGUAAAUUUGGAACCAUCUAAAUUAGGAAAUAUGAGUAAUUCGCUUAAAGAAAUAUAUGAAAGAAGAUUAAAAGAAAAAACUUGUGGACUUAAAUAUUGUCCAAUCCGUCAACAUAAUCCUUGUAAACCUAUUUUUAAAGAUGACAUAGAAAGUUGGUUUUACAUGGGAUUAUUUUUUUUAGAAGGUACACUUCCAUGGGUUAAAUGUUCAAAUCAUGAUGAAAUGAAAGUUGAAAAAGCAAAACAAAAGAUGAGAGAUCCUGGUAAUAAUUUUUACAAACAUGCACCAAUAAGAUUUACUACAUUAAUAAAUCAUAUAGAUAACUUUGAAGAAUCUGAACCUAUUAAUUAUGAUUUUCUGAUUGAUAAAAUGGAAAAAUAUAUUAAAUUUUUACAAGAAGAAGAUAAAAAUAAAUUUGAACUUUCAAAAGAUAAGUAUAUUAUGGAAGCAGAAAAAUAUAGAAAAAAUGGAUCUGUAGAAAAAGGAAAGAUGAAAAAUAAUGGAGAAGGAAAAGGUGAACAAGCUAAAUGUGAGAAGAAAAAAAAAGCAAUGAUUUAA